AUUUGUAAUAAUGUUAUUUGGCGGACCUCGACAACUAUUUGUUGAAUGGUUACCAUACGUAAUAGAGUUAUUUUAAUGUUCAUAAUGGUCAACAAUUUUCUUGAUAACUUUAAAUAACUAUUUGCGGAUGUUUUCUCAAAUGGUUACCCUAAAUCAUAAGGUAAUUUUAAAGUUCAAAUGGUUCGAAUUGCGGACCUUGACGACUAUUUGUCAAAUGGUCACCAUAAUUAUUAAGGUUAUUAAAAAGUUUGUAAUGAUUCAAAAAUUUCUUCAUAACUUUAAAAACUAUUUGCGGAAGUUUGCUGAAAUGGUUACCUUAAAACAUAAAGUUAUGUUAAAGUUCAAAUGAUUUACAACAAUCCGUAAGAGCAAUGUCGUACCGCCCCUUUCAAAUGUUGCUCCAGAUUUGCAAAAGCAUUUCCAUCCAAACCGAAAUUUAAGAAAAUUAUCAGGUUUGGCAAAAUUUGUAAUCUUCAUUAAGGUCGUAGAACUACUGUUAAACGCUAUGGAAAUGUGCGAUGGGUCGCCCGUUUCGAAUCCACCAAGCAGCUCAGGCCCAGAUCCUUACGGAUUAAGAUCCGCAUCUGCAGCAUUUGUUGGAGUCGAUAAUUGCACCGCACGUCGGGUAAGCCAUCGGACUGGACCUACAUGUCGAUGAUGGCAAGCUGAUGGGUGACACUGCGAGUGCGGGAUCGGUGGCAAUAACAGCCAGGCCGGGACUGGUGAAUUUAUCACUGCUGGGAAGGCAAAUGCCGGACAAACCGGGCAAAACAAACACGACGACACUUUGAUCAAACGUUCAGGUUGAGCGGAUUUAAAAAAAAAAACAAACUUACGCAGCGCGUAAACUUAAAUGCGGUAAACAAAAAUUUAAUCCACUUUUCUUUUCCCUUAUCUUUUUCUUCCCUUCCAUCCUUGACAGUUCUAGAACUUCUAGAUGUCAUUUUAAUAUUCCUUCUUCUGCUUUUGGCAAAAUUUAAAAGAGCUGGAUAUUGUAUUAGAAUUCUAGCAGGAUUCUGGCAGAAUCAGAAUCAGCAUAUUCUUGACUGGGUUUCAUUCUCACCCAUCUUAUCUAGAUAAGUGCCGUGCGCUAUUUGUGUGUACACUACCCAAAAUUGAUUACUUUGAAGACGGUCAAAUCGCAGCAGGCGAUCAAAACAAAACAAAUCCGUCGAGUUGCGGAAAGAUUUCUUUUGCUGGUGCGCGUAUUUUCGUUUGAAUCCGGUUCGUUCCGUCGUGCAUUUGGUUGUUUCGCGUCCGGGAAGUGCCUCUCUCGAAAAGGAGCCAUGAAUCGUCGCCACGCGAGAACAAUCCCGUAAACGUCGCCGGGUGCUCGAGAACCAGGAGAUGGAAGCGUUGAUCUUGAGGGUGGGCAAAAAUAGCAGUGCUGUAGUCGGAUUUGGGCAACUUCCGGAACAAGAUUUUGCGGUUUUUUCCGAUAAAAGAGCCGGAAAAGUGUUCGAUCUACUCGAUGUUUGUGGGGCUGACGAGCGCGAAGAGGAGAAUCUGGAGGACGGAGGAGGAGGCGACCCGGUACGCGCUUCGAUUUCUGGCUGAUUUGGUCAAUUCUUAGGACAUCUCAACGAAUUCGUUGCUUCAGCUGUUGUGCGUGAUCGAUACGUCUUUGCGAUCCUUUCGACGUUGCUUUGUGUUGUCCGGCAGUUCUACGAGAAGAAGGAAUCGGCGUUAGAGAAUUUGCUGGUUCAGAUUGAGAUGUUGUUUUCUAAUAGAGUCGGACGUGUCGCCGAUUUUCCGCCAAGCGGUCAAAACGUCGCUGGGUUGCAACUGUGGCGUUCGUGAAGGUGCUCAAAAUCGACGCGGACGAGAAGGAGAUGGAACGAUUCGCGAAGACGGCCAAGCUUGUGCUGGGGGAGAUCUUUACUAAAUACGGCAUCAAUGACGCCACCACGAUGCUCGGGCUGCGCGAGGAGGACAAAACGAUCCCGCUGAAGAACCUCACCAUCGAGACGGCAAUCUGCUGGCAGGCGCUGCUCAAGAUCCUCCAGCACACCGAGUCGUACGAGCUGGACGCGUACAUGGUGGAUCUGACAGCGUUUUGCAACUACAUCAAGACCUUUGCGGACACGCCGACGCUGUGCAACUACAUCCGGCAGCUGGCGUACGAUCCGUCGAUGACGACGGACAAGUUACAGAAGAUGUACUUCCAGUCGAUGAUGCAGGUGCUGCUAGAGAUUGUGGCGUCGUACGAUCUGGGUGACGAGGUCGGUCGGAAGAACUUGAAGAAGGUGCUGGCGGAAAUGUUGUCAAACUUGGCGAGGGCAACGUGAAGACGAUUGUGGCCAUCUUUGAGCGGUUGGUGGGAGCGGUUCCGAUUCUGUGUGGAUUUGAUCAACGGUAUUUUGGAACUCUCGCGAGCGGUCGUUUCCAACACGUCGCGAUCGUUGGUGGAUGAGUACUUGGAAAAGAACCCGGACAAGAGUCUGCAGAUGAAGAUUUCUUUGCUUUGGUUGAACAUAAUGGACUUGAAGGAUCAGGAGAUUGACAAUGUCAACAAGAAGGAUUAUGGCGGUGCGCAGCGAUUGUUGGACGAGUUGACCGCCGCCAAUGACGUACACACGGUCACUAUCCGGUUCAUGUACAAAUGUCAUUCCGCAGAACCGGCUGGAAAUCUGACUGGAUUGUGUGAGCGCCGUUGACGAGUACCAAGGUGGACUGAUGUUCAAUCUAGACGUUUCGCGACGUGUUUUGCUGCAGUUCACCGACAUGAGGACUUUUUCUGCCUCGAUCGGUACGAAAUCAUCCAAGUGGAAGACUACAAAGGUAAAGAUGAUGAAUGUUCCAGAAGGACUUCCUGUCGCCGAAGUGAAGAGAACGAGGUGGAUAAAAUGAAGCCGGCGAGAUCAAGUCG